AUGGCUUCCAUGCACACCUCAACAACAUUUUCUUCAUUUUCUUUAUUUUCUUCUAAGAGAGUAAAUGUAAAGGCCUCAAUCCAUGUCCCAAGACCCAAUUAUGUACUUCCAAAGAAACAUAUACUCACUAGAUCAAAGCUGAUGGAAGGGUUAAGUACCUUCACGGACUCAGUUCCUUUACCAAUACUUGAAAAAAAUGAUUUGUCCAAUUCUGCAAUCUCUAACAACUCCUCCAUGCAACUCUAUGCUAUCUUAGAAGCUGUAUCCGACAGAAUCGAAAUGCACAAAAACAUAGGCGAACAGCGUCAGAAUUGGAAUGAACUACUUCUAAAUAAUAUCAACAUGAUUACACUCACUGCUACAACAUUAACCGGUGUUGCAGCUGCAACUGGUGCUGUUGGUGCACAAUUUUUGGCUCUGAAACUAUCAUCCACUCUUCUGUUUUCUGCGGCAACUUGCAUGCUACUUGUCAUGAACAAGAUUCAGCCUUCGCAACUCGCCGAAGAACAACGCAAUGCUACAAGAUUGUUUAGACAACUUUGGACUCAAAUCCAAACCAAAAUCACUCUUGGUAAUCUUAUUACCGAGGAAGAUGUGGAAUCUUCAAUGGAGAAAGUGUUGGCUCUUGACAAAGCUUAUCCACUUCCUUUGUUAGGAGGAGCUAUGCUUGAAAAGUUUCCUGCAAAAUAUGAACCUGCUGUUUGGUGGCCUGAAAAAAGAAGAGAAGGAAAUGCCGCAGAAACAAAGAUGAUGACGGGGAAUAGUAAUAAUAGUAGUAAUGGAUGGAGUGAAGAACUAGAAACUGAACUGAGAAAAGUUAUUGAAGUUAUGAAGAGAAAGGACAUAGAGGAUUAUGAGAGACUUGGAAACAUAGCAUUAAAGAUUAACAAGAGUUUGGCAAUAGCAGGUCCAUUACUCACUGGAAUUGCAGCUAUAGGUUCUACAUUUGUGGGAAAUAGUGAUGGAUUUUUGUCAGCCAUGGUUCCUUUGUUAGCAGGAUCAAUGGCUUGUGCAAUAAAUGGUUUAGAGCAUGGUGGACAAGUUGGUAUGGUGUUUGAAAUGUACAGAAGCAGUGGUGGAUUUUUCAGGAUGUUGAGCGAGAGUAUUGAAAGCACACUUGAAGAGAAUGAUUUGGAAAAAAGAGAAAAUGGAGAAAUACUUGAAAUGAAGAUAGCAAUGAUGUUGGGAAGAAGUGUUUUGGAGCUAAGACAAGUUGCUUCAAAAUCUGCUUCUUGUUGUAUGGACGAAUUUGCUAGCAAGCUUUUUUAA